AUGCAGAAGCAGGGCAUUGUCACCAUUUUGGGCUCUAACAAUGAUUCUGCCACUUCUCUUCGACGCACUCUAUCCGCAGACAUGUCUUCCAAGAGAUGGCUUUCUCAAAACGGGUUUUCUCCAAUGAAAAAGAUCGCCUCCUCAGAAGCACUCUCUCACUCACUUGCAGAAACCACUGUUGAUGACUCAUCAUCUUCGUCAGAAGAUGACAACAGCGAAGAAAUGAAACAAAACCGGUUCCAACUUUUGAAUACGAUUCAAAAGGAGGAGAAUGUGGAGAAACCGGGAGAGUUUGAUACAUGGAGUUCAAUUUUGUCGAAGACAGACAAAGAAAGCUCCAAAUUAACUAUCACUCCUUAUGUUCACCCACUUGUGAGAAGGUCAAAGAGCUGUUUGAGUGAAAAGAGUCUCGAGAUAUGCACGGAGAGUCUCGGAUCCGAAACUGGCUCAGAUGGGUUCUCUUCUUAUUCACCAUCUGAGACAGAUGAUUCCGAGGAGGAGAAGGAAGAAAAAGAAGAGGAGGUGAAAGAGAUAGAGACAGUGGAAAUUACACACGUGGAAGAGUUUCAAGUGCGCAAACAAAACCAUGCCGUGAAAAAGUCUUCUCCUCGUUCUUUUCCUCCGCCACUCCCUUCACUUCACAUGCGGUCCCACCGCGACAACGGAAGGUUGUUCAUACAAGCUGUGUCCGUUCCUUCACAGAUCAAUUUUUUCGCUCAACGAGAAAAUGGUCGUCUUGUCCUCACUUUUGCUGAAAUGUCUGAAGAAGAAGAAGAAGAAGAGUUUGAGGAAGGAGAUGAUGAGUCAGAGGAACUUGAGUGUUGUGAGAAGGAGCAACAGCAUGAACCCAUGUUGUUGUCUAGUGGGAUUGGAUUAGCAUUGAUGAUGAACAAACCGGGUGGAGUAGGUAAUUUUGAUAGAAGUUCAAAAUGGUCGGAGAAGUUCAACAAUGUGGUCAAUUUUAAGAAUAUUGAUGUGACACAACAUAGUCCUCUGCCACCAAGGCCAAGGGUUCGGUUAAUUCCCUCAUCUUCAGGUGCUUUCAAUGCUUUUGAAUACUACCGGAAAACCAAGCCCACGCCAAAAACUGUUUCUUCUCCUAACACAUUUACCUUUCAACACAACAAUCACUCUUCCUUAGAGAACAAUUCCAAGAGUUGCAAGGAUUCUAGGAGGUCUUUUCUGUUCUGGGAACCCUAUUGCAUUGCUACAUAA